GGAAUUGUUUAUAUAUAUAUAUAUAUAAAUAUAUGUAUUAAUUUUAUAAUGAAUGUAGUUUGAUAAUAUUUAUUUAAAUACGAAUGUAGUUUGAUAAAAUUAAUUUCAUUGCGAAUGUAGUUUCAUCAAUUAUUAGAUACAAAUUUAAAAAAACCGUAUCAACACUGUCUUAUCAAACAUAUCUAUCUCCAUCUAUCUCUAUAUUCAUCAUUGCUGUCUGUUCCCAGUGUGAAGCAGCAUCAUCACCACCAAAGUGAACUGCAGAUAACCCCAUGACGUGGCAGACACAGUAUGGAAAGCCUAUAUAAAAAUGUCCAGAGCCCCGCGUGUAUCUGCUGGUGGUCUGAGCCGCUGAUGAGGCUUUGCAGGCGAUCUGACUUCAGUCUAGAAGAAGGAUGAGCUUCUCAGACAUCGACGUUGUCCAUCCUGCUGAUGCUCCCUCGUCUCAUCGUAAACUCUUGUGCACCCUCUGGUGCUUGCUAGUCUCCCAAACUUCUUUGUGUAGCCCGCUUUGCAGAUUGUCUUCCUUGUCUGUGUGGUUGCUCAUUAUUCAGAGACAGACGGAUCUCAGGUCAUCUGCAGCUGCAGCAAAGGAGAAGCAGGAAAGAUGGCGAUCAUCCAUUAGACCGACCGGGCGCACGCAUGAAAUACGAGGACAACUUUUGGGAGGAUCGCUUGAGGAGAAGAUUGUACCAGUGAGUUUUGUUCUUCUUCUCCCCUCUCUUGCACUAUAUUUCCAGUUUCGCCAACGAUUUCGGCUACAGGGCUUUUUUUUCUCCAAGGGUCUGCGAGAACGUCGGCUUGGUAGAUCAUGGGAUAUAAUUUGGAGAGCGCCUCGUGAAUGACCUGGAAAGAGCUGAUCUCUCCCCCUCCUCCUUCCUUCACCACCACCACCACCACUACCACCACAUUUUCUUCUCCUUUUAGUCCAGGUCCAGCCGACUCGUGUGAGGAAGCCCGGGCUCGAGAUUUGUAGUCGGGUGGACGCUCCGGCUGGCAGCCAUGUAGCCAAAGUCAAGUGGGUCUUCUCGCGUCCCGGUUUCCCUGAUUUUCCAGGGAGAGCUCCCUUUUUUCGGUGAUGGAGGUAUUGCAGUGUGACAGCUGUGACUUCCGUGCCGAGUCAUAUGAUGACUUGAAGAACCACAUUCAGGACGUGCACACGGUUUUCCUGCAGCCUGCAGAUGCGGAUGAGUCUGACUCUCUGAAGGAGGAGGAGGAGGAGGACGCAGAGCAAUAUGAUGACAAGGAUGACCGGGAUUAUUCAACUCCUAAAGCUGGAAUGAGCCCCAAUACUACUGACAAUGCCAACCCAACACCACAAAAGCAGACAGCUGAAACCCACCUGCCGUUUUACCAGUGCAGGUUCUGUGUCCGUUACUUCAGAUCAAAGUCAUUCUUAAGGAACCACACCAAAAAAGUGCAUGAUGCUGUCGAGGAAGAUUCUGACGCAAGUAUCUCCUUGCAGAGCGCCGAGCAGCCCAGCUACAACGUUAUUAUGCACAAUGACAAUUCAAAAGUGUAUUCCUGUCAGUAUUGCACAUACAAGUCUCCACGCAAAGCAAGAAUAUUGAAACACCAACUAAUGUAUCACAGUCAGGUUCCCGCAGAGAGCGCUGGAAAUCCUUCAGAAUACAAUGAGACCGGAGAGGAAUCGGACUCAGCCAGUGGACUCAUGAAGGGAACAUUUGCCUGUGAAUGGUGUGACUAUCAGACUGACCAGAAGGACAGCUGGACUAAUCAUGUGGUGAAGGAACACAGCGACACGGUCAAGAUAGUUUCCUGCAUCCAGGAGCUGGAAGGAGAGGCAAGUGCAAGCUCACCCAAACCAGAUUCUCCCUCCGCUUCCCGAAGCCAAAAUAGAUCAAAGAUGGGUUUCACGGACAUUCAAGAAAAGGAAAAGCCGGAAGGAAAAACGUUAGAAAACACGUCGGAGAGGUCAGUCCCAGAGAUCUCAUCCUUUCAGUAUGCAGUAACACCCAACAGCACAGGUUCCUCCAUUUUGUCCAAGAGGUUUGCUUUAUCUGACGUCUCCAAGAGCGUCGGAGAGACGGAUGCCAACUUACUCAAUGAAGAAGAUUCUAAGAGCAGCUUCGAGAACGAUGAUGAAGAGGAGUUGGGCGACAUCGAUGAUCCCAGCUAUACCGGCACCCUGUCAGCAGAUGCAAAGCAGCUUUUAACUGAUGAGGAUAAUAAGUUACUGGAGACGAAAGGAAUACCAUUUAGAAAGUACAUGAAUCGUUUUCAGUGCCCUUUCUGCUCCUUCCUUACCAUGCACAGGCGAAGCAUCUCCCGGCACAUUGAGAACAUUCACCUUUCUGGUAAAACUACAGUGUAUAAAUGUGAUGAAUGCCCAUUUAUUUGCACCAGCCCUCUAAAACUAGGCACGCACAAACAGAGCCACAUAUCCUCAGAUUUAGACACCAUGGACCUAACAAGUGACAGUCCAAAUCCUCACAAUGACAAUGCUGCAGAGCCAGUUAAUGGUGGCAAUGUCAACUCCAAAGUCAAUGUAAAAAAGAUAACCAGCACACCGAACGACCAGCAGAACCCUCAUCGCUGCACACUCUGCAGCUUCUCUACCACCACUCUGAAAGGGCUGAGGGUUCACCAGCAGCAUAAGCAUUCCUACUGUGAUGACCUAGAUCCCACUGUCUUUGAUAGCCAGCUGACUGACCAGCCGGAGUCUGAACCGGACGCUUCUCCAAUCUUCCUACAAAAAACCCAGACCUCAAUUUUAGGACAUGCCACCAAAAAGUCCUUAGUAACAAGGAAAAGAGCCAGGAAGUCCAUCAAUGACUUACCUUUAGAUUUGUCCUCGGUUAAGAAGAGAACUAGAAUUGAUGAAAUUGCCAGUAACCUUCAAAGUAAGAUAAGCCAAAGCCAACAGGACAUGAUUAUAAACCUAGACGACAUGGAGGAUGUAGAUGGAAGAGAAAAUCACAGCAUUGGUGAUGAAGAGGGUCGAAACCAUGACAACAAAAACCCUGUCUUCACUUAUAACACUCAACUGCUUCAUGCAAGAGAUUCAAUGAUCUCUCACGAAGGAGGCCGAAUAGGGAAAAGAAAAAGCAACCCUAAGUCAAAACCUAGAAACGUUCCUAUAUCCCUGACUCUCUCAGAUGAUAAUGAGAACAUCUCUGCUGACCCCAUUGACGGUGCUAUCCAAGAGAACGCUGAUGAUUCAGAGGGUCAAGGAACGACACGUUUCUACUGCAAACACUGUGAUUACCACAACAAAUCAGCUCGUAGCGUCAGCACCCAUUACCAGAGGAUGCACCCUUACAUCAAGUUCAGCUUUAAGUACAUCCUGGAUUCCAAUGACCAUAGUGCUGUCUUCCGCUGCUUGGAGUGUUACAUUGAAUACUCAAAUUACAAUGAUUUGCAUGAACACUAUAUGGAUCACCACCCCGAAGCAAGCAAUGUGCUCAACUUCAACCAACCAAAUUUGGUAUACAUGUGUCGCUUUUGUUCAUACACAAGCCCCAAUGUCAGGAGCCUCAUGCCCCAUUACCAAAGAAUGCACCCAACAGUGAAAAUCAACAACGCAAUGAUCUUCUCCAGCUAUAUGGUGGAGCAGCCCAACAAAACGGGGGAAUCGCAAACCCUGAGGGAAAUAUUAAACUCUGGCCCCAAGAAUUUGACCUCACCCACGUCAACCCCGAGGUCCUCCAGCCCCGUUUCGAAAGCGGUCUCCAAGAGCCCUGAAGCUAGUGCUGAGGAAGACCCUCUCAAAGAACCUAUGGGUGGCAAUGUUGUUGUGUAUGAUUGUGAUGUGUGUACUUUUGCGAGCCCCAACAUGCACUCUGUGUUGGUGCACUAUCAGAAGAAACAUCCAGAGCAAAAGGCGUCUUAUUUCCGCAUACAGAAAACCAUGAAGGUCAUCUCGGUGGAUCAAUCGCAGCCUGUUGCAAACUCUUCAUAUAAUCUCAACAUGGCUUCGCCUCCAAAACAACCAAGCGCAGCACUGUUCGGAUCAGAUGAAGAAAUGUACUACUGUAAACAUUGCGUCUACAGCAACAGAUCCGUUGUUGGUGUGUUGGUCCAUUAUCAAAAGAGACACCCAGAGGUAAAAGUGACAGCUAAAUAUAUCAAACACGGCACUCCCACUGCCGGUUUGAUGAAGUUAAUGGAUGAAUUGCAAAUUGCGGCUCCCAAACAGUUUUUGAAGCAGUUUCAAAAUAACGGUCAUGAUGGAUCUAACAACACGAGUCCUAAACCUGGAAGUGGUGAGAAAGGAGAGGAUGAGCUCUUCUUCUGCCAGCACUGUGAUUACGGCAAUCGCACUGUAAAAGGUGUGCUCAUUCACUACCAGAAGAAGCAUCGGGAAACCAAGUCCAACGCUGACCUCGUACGUCGUCACACUGCAGUUGUCCGGAGUCAGCGCGUCCGUGCACAGAUGGUUCAGUCGGGCAGUGUCUCGUCUGCCUUGAUCCCAACUCCUCCAGACCCUGAAAACACUACAACCCUUCGCUCCCUGAAGUGCAUACACUGUACAUACACAUCCCCCUACAUAUAUGCCCUGAAGAAGCAUCUGAAGAAAGAGCACCCGACUGUGAAAGCCACAGCUAUGACCAUUUUACACUGGGCCUACCAAGAUGGCAUUCUGGAGGCUGGCUACCACUGUGAGUGGUGCAUUUACUCCCACGCUGAACCCCAAGGCCUGCUGCUCCAUUACCAAAGACGCCAUCCUGAGCACAAUGUUGAUUACACAUACAUGGCCAGCAAGCUAUGGGCUGGACCGGAGACCACUCAACAAGAGGGCAAUAUGGAAACUAAACAUUACAAAUGCAAAGACUGUGCAUUUGAGGCCUGUACAAUAUGGGACAUCACUAGUCACUAUCAGGUAGUGCACCCGUGUGCCAUUAAAGAGGAUGAAUCUGUGCUUUUGGAUAUUAUCAAAGGAAAUGGCUCAACUGAAGAUAUACACCAGCAGGUUGCCAUUGACCUUAUGUCUUUCAAUUGCCACCCUGUUGAAGAUGAUGGAGCACAGGUUAUGGUCAGUACACCACAAGAAAGCAACCCCCAUCCUCCCCACCCACAUCUUUCCAUCUCAAACAAUGCUUACCAGUGCACUGUAUGUCUGUCAGAGUACAACAGUCUCCAUGGCCUCCUCACUCACUAUGGAAAAAAGCACCCAGGUAUGAAAGUCAAAGCUGCAGACUUUGCACAGGAGGCCGACAUCAACCCAAGUUCUGUUUAUAAAUGUCGUCACUGUCCGUAUGUGAACUCCCGAAUCCACGGUGUCCUAACUCACUAUCAGAAGAGACACCCAUUGGUGAAAGUCACUGCAGAAGACUUUGCGGAUGACAUUGAGCAACUCGCUGACGGAAAUGAAGGAGAUGACAAGUGCAAAACUCAAAGGCAAGGCUACGGUGCAUACAGAUGCAAAAUCUGCCCCUACACGCAUGGGACACUGGAGAAACUCAAAAUCCAUUAUGAGAAAUAUCACAAUCAGUCGGCCUCUGAAAUGUUCACUCCCUCUCUGACGUAUUUUUCUCCAGGUAAAGAAGGAGAACCAGUCGCUGAAUGCAGUGCUGGUAAUAUAUCAAGCUUGUCAAAAGUCCAGGAGGUCAGUGAAUUGAACCUUGCCCUCUCCCAGUUACCCAUCAAUAAGACUGAGAAACACGCUAUAUUCAAGUGUCAGCUCUGCAAAUACUUCUGCUCCACCAGGAAAGGCAUCGCUCGUCACUACCGUAUCAAGCACAACAACGUCCGUGCUCAGCCAGAGGGUAAAAACAAUGUCUUCAAAUGUGCUCUGUGUCCAUACACAAACCCUAUACGCAAAGGUCUGGCCGCCCACUACCAGAAGCGGCAUGACAUUGAUGCCUACUACACCCAUUGUCUGGCUGCUUCCAAGAUGAUGAGCGAAAAGCCGAUCCAAGUGAUAGCAACCCCGCCACCGGAAAGGGACAAUUCGGAAAUGAGCGAAGACUUGCGUUUGGCAGUGGAGAGACGAAAGUGUUCUCUAUGCGCCUUCCAGGCCUUCAGCAGGAAGAGCAUCGUCUCACACUACAUCAAACGCCACCCAGGGGUCUUCCCCAAGAAGCAGCACGCGAGCAAGCUUGGUCGCUAUUUUACCGUUAUCUAUGCCAAAGAACCUGAGAAAAUGGAUGUCAGUGCAAUGACCGAGGACAACAAGGACGUGUUAAAGGUUCAGCUUAAACCCGAGCAGGACAGUGAGGUCGAAUGGCUGCCAUUCAAGUGUCUAAAAUGCUUCCAGAUGUCCUUCAGCACCGGACUUCUGCUCUCUAUGCACUACAACGAUCACCACAGCAGUGACUUGAAGAGAGACUUCGUGGUGUCGCCCGUACCCGAGGACGAGGACGAGGAGUUGUACAAGUGUACACACUGUGAGCUGAAGUUCCUGGCUCUCCCAAUUCUUGCGAAGCAUCUAUUGAACCACAACGAGGAGUUUCAGAAGAGGGCCAUGAGGCAGGAGAGGAGGAGGCAGCUGCUGAGCAAACAGAAAGCCGCAGAAGUUCCCGAGAGCAAACCUGAGAAGGAAACCCCUGUAAAUAAUGCUCCCGUAGGCUUCAGGUGUAACUUCUGCAUAGAGAUGCACCCCACCCUCCGUGCCAUCUGCAACCACCUUAGAAAGCACGUCCAGUACGGAGAGGUCAAAGCGGGACAUGUCAAGCAGGAAGUCAGCGAAGUCCCCCUGACCCUGCCUUCAGAGACCCUGACUAAUGGCGUCCUUGAGGCGGAAGAAGCAGCUGAAUCCCACGUCCUCGAGAGACCCGCGGCUGCAAUGCUGGGUCCAAUGCUGGGUCCAAUGCUGGGUCCAAUGAUGGGUCCACUGAUGGGUCCACUGAUGGGUCCACCCUUGGCUUCCACGGCGUCGGCUGGUGGGGCUGUAGCCGCCGUGACACGAGAACCAGAAACUAAAGCUGUUGCAGGAAAGGCAGCGGCCCUGGUGGCUGCAGCGAGGGCCACGGUGUCAGAGGGCGAACUGAAGCAGCGAUUGGCUGCAGGGGGCCACGCAUGUGUCCAGUGCGACAGAGUCUUCAUGUCCAUGCAGGGACUGCGGUCCCAUGAGAGGAGCCACUCAGCCAUGGCGCUGUUCAGCCGCGAAGACAAAUACAGCUGCCAGUACUGCCAGUUCGUCUCACCCUUCAGACACAAUCUGGACAGACAUGUGCAGUCUCACCACGGGCACCACAAGCCCUUCAAGUGCAAACUCUGCCCCUUUAAAUCUGCCUACGUGAGUCGCUUGAAGAGCCACCUGCAAAAGGCACACACAGGUGAGCAGCGCACAUACAAGUGCUUGUCUUGCCCCUUCUCCUCUAUGACCAUCAGCCAGCUGAAGGAGCACUCUCUGAGAGACCACGGAGAGGCCCUGACCCUCGCAAAACUCCGGGCUGCUACGCAGACUGCUCACGGCGCCCUCAGGCCCCCACGGCUGGCCAGUAAGGCGGAGCAGAAUCCCUUGGCCCUGGAUGACCCCUCAUACCUGGAGCCGGCUGAUGUUCGUCAGCAGCUUAGUCAUUACCAGCUGGCGUCCCGCAGUCAGAUGUCCUCUGGCUCGAUGCUGGGUGAGAGUCGUCUGGACAGCGCGCUCACCUGUGAGUUCUGUGAGUUCAGCUCUGGGUACAUGCAGAGCCUGCGUCGGCACUACAGGGACCGGCACGGCGGCAAGAAGCUCUUCAAGUGCAAAGACUGUUCCUUCUUCACCUGCUACAAGCAUACCUUCACCAUGCAUGUGGAGGCCGGUCACAACAACCAUGCACCUGAAAUCAUCCCUAAAGACCUGCGCUGCCCUCUCUGCCUCUACCACACCAAACACAAGAGCAAUAUGAUCGACCACAUUGUGCUGCACAGAGAGGAGCGCGUGGCUCCACUGGAGGUCAGUCGCUCCAAGCUGUCGCGCCACCUGCAGGGCCUCGUGUUCCGGUGCCACAAAUGCACCUUCACGUGCUCCAGCGACCAGGCCCUGCAGCUGCACCUGCAGAAGCACGCCGAGAUCAAACCCUACCAGUGCCAGCUCUGUUUCUACGACAGCAGCCAGCGGAGCCAGCUCGAGGAGCAUCUACGCCUGGAGCACAAGGUGAUCCGGAACUUCGAGCUGAUGGGCCGCGUCAACCUGGACCAGCUGGAGAUGAAAAAAGAACAAGGGAGCAGCGCAGAGGAGGAAGAAGAGAGAGACAUUAUGGAGAUAGUUGAAGACGGAAAUGUCGCUGCACUCGCUGGGGAGGAGGAGGAGGAGGAGGACGACGAUGACGACAACGAAGGAAUGGAGAUUAUGGAAAACAUCGCGGAGGAACAGAGAGGGAUGGAUGAUGAAGAGAUAGAGGACAACUUCAAAGAGGAAGAGGAGGAGGAAGAAGAUGAAGAUGACAUCAGGGAUGUGGAUGAGGAGAAGCCCGGCCUACAAGAGGUCCUUGCAUCUCCCGGUAGCAGCAGCAGCAGCAGCUCUGUGCCCGGCAGUGCAGAGAAGCGUCUUCCCUGUGAGUUCUGUGGCCGCUGCUUCACCAACAGCCUCGAUUGGGAGCGGCAUGUCCUUCGACAUGGCAUGAUGGUUAAUAACAGCAACACGGACACCAGCACCACCUCCGCAUUAGAGGCCUCAGCUUCCUCUUCCACUUGCUUCCCUGCAUCCAUGGACGCAGGAUUGGACGCGUCCAGCAUCGAGGAAGGGAACCCCGCCGAUCUCUCACUGGGAAGUCCGAGCCAGUCUGUGGAAAGCACAGAACCGCUUGACACCAAAAGAGAUCAGCAGUUUGGAUGAAGUGUUUGUGGCCUGUUGGGAUGAGGUGCUAGAAACUGUGACCAUGGGUAGUACCAGCACUGAGUUGAGUCGUAAAAAAGGAAACAAAAAGAUUGAAACAGAAAAAAGUGACUUCUUAUGAGUUGGCGCAUUACUAGAUUUUAGGUGUUACAUAUUUAAGUAUUAGAUUGUGCUGCAUAAAACGGCUGAGCUCUCUAAACGGACAGUCCCCUAGGACAGAUCUUAAUAUAUUGGUAACCAAUAGUGAACAGAACUCUUUAUUGCUGACAUUCUGGUCAAAUCUACAGUGAAAGAUCCCACCUAGAUGAAACUAUGCUAUUUAUAGAGAAUGAUGUCCAAAAUGAUUAACUAAAUUUAGAAUUUUAUUAUUUGAAGCACCUUUUACGCUCCCCCAGAACAGGGGUACUGUAAAUGUACCCAAAUAGAACAAACAUGACGUGAAAGCAUUUUAAACCGUGGCCCCCUGUAGAGCUACCUAUUCUUGCUUAUUGUCCACAUUUUAGACUUAUUUUCAUCUUAGCCUUGUGUUAAGUGUGUAGAAGUCGUCUUCGAGAAAGAAUCGCACCUUAACUAUUUUUUAGUAAAACCACAAAUCCUGUUUUCUUUAUUUGUAGAAAUACUGACAAUUUCCCCAAUUUUUGUAGCAAAUUGCUAUAUUGUAGGUCCCUCAAUAUUAUACUACGUAUAAGCUUUCAACCUGUGGCACCCUUUCGCAUUUUGACUGUACCAUUUCAUUGUCCAUUAAUUUCACGUGAUGGAAUAAUGGAAGUAAUGGGACGAGUUAAAAUCUCCUUUCCCCUGUAAGAUCCACCUGUGCACUCAAAAGAUCAAUACAACAACAGAGAUAUGUUUAAUGUGUCAUGAUGUAGGUAUCCGUUAAACUGAGCACAGCAAGAGUUAGCCUGGAACAUAAUUAAUUAGAACGCUGGCGUAUUGUGUGUCAUCGUUAUCAAUAAACACACAUCACACUUGUCUUUUCAGUGGGAAAAAAAAUGAUGUGCCUAUCUCGCUCUGUAUGUCCACCAAAAUGACAAUUAAAUGCAAAGUUUUGAUGAGGCUGACCACCACGGCUGAGUGUUGAAGCCAGUGUGCAAGUGCCUUAACAAUCCAGUUCCUCUAAUUGACAAUAAACAGCUUUAAUUGCUUUUUUUUAAAUAAAAAAGUUUGCUAUUUUGAAGUAACCAGGCAAUCAUCCCUAAUCGCUCUAAAAGAAAAUUCCACAAUAAUGUAUGGACUCAACAGCUAAUUUUCCUUCUAUUAACGUGUGCCUUUGUGGCAAUUCAUACAGUCAUUGUUUAAAUAUAAUCUGAUUAGAUUAGAUUUUAUUCUAAUUGAGUAUGAGUACAACAAAAUGUAUUGUAUCAAGAAACCAGGGAGUGCAAACAGCAGCGAAGAGGAUGUUGGGGCCUGUAGUGUUGGUUUAACCUUAUUAUGAAUAUAUAUAUAUAUAUAUAUAUAUAUAUAUUCGUAUCAACCCCUGGUGGUAAUUAUGAGAAAAUAGCUUAUUUUUCUUUUUUUGGCACAAUCUUGAGGUAUUAAAAAAGAAUCUUUGAGAUUAUUCCUGAAUCAAUGGAAGUGGGUGGAGUUUCAUUUGUUUUACUCACAGCAUUUAAGAGAAUGGAGUAGAUUUUGUUGGAACUACUUUCUACUAAACUAAAAGUCCCGAUGAAAACUGUUGCCAGUGUGAUCUGAGGUGUUGUGCUAUAUUAUGCGGAGUGAAAGGGAAAGCUAUUUAUUGAGAGAGAGAGAAUGCUGCUAAGUGUGUGUGUUUUUCCAAUGUUGUAAGCACGACAAAUGAAACUCCACGUUAAACUGGGGUUGGAGCCAUGUUUGCUUGAUUGACAAAUGUCUCUGGCCCUGGUGAUUACCUCAACUCCAUCCAAGGCCCGUUCACAUCACCCAAGUUCAGAUGUUUAGGCUGCAAAUGACUGACAGGCUGGAAUUAAGCAUAAAACCCAAAACUUGGCUUCGAGAGGUCUCUUCAGAAACAUAUGGUUGAUGCCACAGACACAACAGUGAUGCUUUUCGACAGUCUGUGGUCCAGUUUUGUAGUUAUGGAAUGCACUGAAAAGACAAGUGUCACCAGCACAGAAAACCUUAAAAAUAAUUGGUUCAUUAGCCACAGGAACUUAAAAAGGUGUAAAAUCCCCCCAACUUAAACUCCUUUAAAUUGUGUAUUGGCACAACUGUCAGAGCCUGGAUAUGUGUGCUUCUUUUUAGAUAAAGUUGUCAUGUUAUUGUUGAUACUGACAAAAGGCAGAGAUUGUAUUUGUUGAAAGUUGCUGCUUGAAUACCCUAAAGCCUUAUAAGAUAAUAAAUAGCAAUUCUGUCGAAUAAAAACCCAAUUCCAAUAAGACCAAUAAGCAAAAUGAAACAAUCUGAAAUAAUAUGGCUGAUAACAUGAAUAUAAAUUUUUUUUUUAAAGGGUACGAUUAAUGUAAUUGUGUUCUUGGUACCGAAAUAUUUACCAAGACUGCGUUUGCUGCUGUGUCUAUCCUGAGCAUUAAACCAUUGAUGGAAAUGGGAAAUGUGUGUUUGUAACCCAGGCCAACCACGUUUGCAGCCGUGUAUAGAAAACAAAACUACUUGUUAAGUGUUUGAACCGUGGUGUUUCAGAAAAGAUACUUUAAACGUUUUUCCUUUAGGUGUUUUCUUUUCUUUCUUUUUUUUCAGGAAAAAGAAAAAAAUAACUCUAAAGACGAUAGAUAGCUAACCCUUAGGGGCUUUUUUAAUCCCCAAUCCAACAUUAUCACGCUGUUGUACAAUGUCUGGUUACAAAAAUAUCUCCUUUUCUGUACUGUAAUGGGAAUGAGCAGAUCGGAAGAGCGGUGUGGUUGUACAAUAUUUAAACACAUGAAGGAAAAGUAUGCAGAUCUCUAUUAAUUCAUGGCCUGGACUUUUAUUGUGAAGAGGAAAAACAUGAUAAAGUAAGAGACAAAAAAAAAGGUUUCCUUUAGGGGCAUUUACCUAGAACUGCUUGGUCCUUUUCUGGGCUUGGCUAGUCGACCUAUAGAUCCUUCUGAGAUCUCGCUGACUCAUGUCCAGUCCAACAUCUGACACUCCAGUAUCUCCUAUCCAUGGCCAGUAAGGACAUCAGCUCACGUGCUCCAAAUAGGCCUGCCGAGAGGUGGGAAUGUAGCAGCCCCAUGAUGGUCCUCAGUCCUUGUAAUAACUUUAGAAAAAAGAAAAAAAAAUGAGUUGGUGCUGAAUCUCAAAGCCCAUUUUUUUGUUUUCCAGGACCAGCGUGUAGCUUUUUGAAAGUAAAACUGUUUGAAACCUGUUGUUGUAGAAAUAAGCUUUGUUAAGGCAGCUUGUUGCCCAGCUUGAACGCCCAGUGCAAACCAGACGCUACACUGGGGCAAUCUGGGUAAUGAAGCUGUCAACCCAAAAUUGUUUGUUGUUCUGUGAUCAUUUUAAUAGAAAAUGACUAUGAAUCCCUCACUGUGUGCAGUCUCUAGACUGCGAUAUUCCCGGUUUACCCAAAGUUAAGCCCCUGCUGACAACACACUGGAUACCUGUAUAUAUGUUUAGUUUGUUCUGUUGAAUUUCUCUUUUCAGACUGUUGUCUCCAUAGUUUGACACUAGAAUCUCCUUUUUGCCUUUCUUCCCAUAUAAACCUGAUUACCUGAUGGUGGGUUGUGAUGUUGCCUAGAAUGAUUGUUUACAAUUUUAUUCCAUUUAUCUCUGGAUAUUCUGUAAAUAUUGUAAUUCAUUGUCUUUUUUUAACUUGAUAAUAAAGUUAUCAGAUAACGGUU